AUGUACGGCUCAACAGGAGGAGAAGGAAACGAUGGUGAAGGACCACUCGGUAAUGGAAUUAUUUACUCACUUGUAUCGAGAGGAACCACUAUUUUGUGCGAGUAUACGGAAAAUAAGGGAAACUUUCAACAAAUUUCAAGACAAAUAUUGGAGAAGAUUCCAAGUAAUAAAUCACAGAAAGCCUCCUAUCUGUAUGACCAAUAUAUUUUCCACAUCUUGGUUCACGGAGAGAAUGGUUUAAUUUUCUUCUGUAUGAGUAGCAAGGAAUUUGGAUCAAGAAUUCCUUUCAAUUUCUUGGAGGACAUCAAGGAACGAUUUUUGACACAGUAUCCUGGAGAUCAAAGUAAGAGAAUUCAACCUAAUGGACUUAACAGAGAAUUCGGACAAGUUCUUAAACAACAAACAAAAUUCUUCAACAAUCCAAAACAAAAUGACCGUAUUCAAAAGGUUAAAGGACAAAUUGAGGAAGUUAAGGACAUUAUGAUUGACAAUAUUGACAAGGUUUUGGAUAGAGGAGAAAAAAUCGAUUUAUUAGUGAACAGAACUGGCGACUUGGUGGAUUCUGCUGAACUCUACAAGAGAAAGAGCAAAAAGUUGAAAAAUAAUAUGUUAUAUAGAAACAUUAUUAUUGUAGCUGUGAUUGUAAUCAUCGUUUUGAUUGUGCUCUUCUUGAUUAUUUGGUUUGCAUGUGGGUUUCCCGCCUUUGAUCGAUGCCGCAGUAAAUAA